UUCCUGGCCCCCCCUUCCCCCCUGCUAAAGAUCCGAACUACCACGGUUCGGUUAUCAGGGUUGUUGUUUGGCUUCAAGAUACUAUACACUAUACAUAAGUCCCUUGUGCGCGCCCACACCCCCCCACCUCCAUCUCUCUCCCAAUGAUCGGACUUGGUUCUCAUCGGAUCUUGCUGCUUGUCAUCCCGCCAGCUUUAACUUUCGUGUGCUCGACCUGGCCGCAACCACCGCCCACGGAAGAGCAGUCAAUAUGGAGGCACAACAGACGACGGACGUGCUGGGGCCGAUGAUGAACGCCGUCAACUGGUCCCUCACGGCGCUGGCGGCGACUUUUCUCGGGUUGCGGAUGUACUGCAAGUUCAGUCGGCAUCGGGGGCUGUGGUGGGACGAUCACGUCUUGAUAUUCGCCUGGAUGUGUCUCGUCGUCGCCGUCGGUUUCAUCACCAGUUCGAUCAAUCUAGGAUUCACGAGCCCGACCGGCCCCAAAUCGCAAGACGCCGCGGACCGGCUGCAGAUUCACGGAGGAGUGCAGAACGUGUUUUUCGCGCUCGCCACCGUCAUGAGCAAGACUUCGUUUGGCAUCACGCUGCUGAGGGUCUCGGAAGGCCGCAUAAAGCUGCUCGUUUGGUUCCUCACCAUCACGAUGAACAUCGCCGUGUUCUUGUACAUCAUUUUCGGGUUCCUGAAGUGCAAACCGGAGGUCUACUCGUGGAUUAAGGGGCCUGGGUGUUGGAGCACGGUGAAAUACAUCCACUACGGCAUCUUCGCUGGAGCAUACUCCGCCUUUGUGGACUUCUCGUUUGCGAUUAUUCCCUGGUUCCUGAUCAUGAACCUUCAGAUGAAGACAAGAGAGAAGUUUGGUGUCGCAAUCGCGAUGAGCUGUGGUGUAAUUGCUGGAAUAACCGCUAUUAUGCGAUGUGUCUAUCUACCCCUUCUCACUGUUGGGACAUUCUCGACCCAAGGAACAACACUGGUUAUCUGGUACGUAGCCGAAGCAGCGGUCACUAUAAUUGCGGCAUCUAUCCCCGUUCUGCGGGCUCUGAUCAAGGAGAUAUCUUCGUCACUCGACCGCUACCACCGUAGCACCGGUAACAAGUCAAGAGUCAAGAGUCUGAGCACCGUAAAGGGCACGCCAAGGGGUUUGCACACAAGCCACAUCGUAACGACGAUCGUCGGUUCUCAAAGAGAUCCUCGCUCCUUCCACGGCGACGGGAGCAGCGAUAGGAGCAUUCUUGACGGCAGGGCUACACAGGCAAAGCCCUCGCCGGGAGGAAUUAUGCAGACGCAGGAGGUCAGGUUAAGUUAUCACGACCGAAGCGACAUCGAUAGCGAGCAAGGUUACGAGCAAGGUUACGAGCUGGGAACUGUGGGAAGAGCUUCUUCGUGUUGAUGUGUUGAUCAAUGAUACCCGUGUACUUACGAACAAUAUCGCUAGGAGUUAGGUAAAUACCUAGGAAACACUUUUGCUUUGUACGAGAGACUCUUGCGAAAUACGAUG